UUUUCGAAAAAAAUACAAAUGUGAUUACAUAUUAAUAAUAAAGAAGUUCUCUAUAUUAACAGCUUGUAUUUAUUAGGAAAUAGAAACGAUUUAAUAAGUCAUACAAUAGGACGAAAUUUACGUUUCUUGCGUGUUUUUCAUGUAGAGAAACUUGUUGCAAUAUUGCAAGAUUAAUUGUUAUUUUGAAGGCAAGAAAUUGUGUUGUAUACGUUUUAACGUAUAGAGUAAGUUUAUAUAGUGAAAGGGGUAUACAACGUAAUCGUGCGGUAAACAGCCGUGAUAGAAAUAUAAAGAGAAAUUUAAUUUAUUUCGAAAAAUGGCAGAAGUUACGGCUAAACAUACUCUUCAUAGCGGCAUUUUUCAUCCUACUUUACGGCAGUGGCAAUCGCCAAAUGUAGAAAUUACUGUUAAUAAUCUUAUGUAUCCGAUUUUCAUAUUAGACGAACAAGAUGCUAAGGAUCCAAUUGUUAGUAUGCCAGGUGUUCAUCGGUAUGGGAUUAAUCAAUUACACAACAUGUUACAACCAUUGGUUACAAAGGGACUGCAAUCGAUAUUAUUAUUUGGAGUAUCAAAACACUUGAAAAAGGAUCACAUCGGAAGUAAUGCAGAUAGUGCAGAGAAUCCAAUUAUUCAAGCUGUACCUUUGAUAAGACAGUGGUUCCCAAAUUUACUAAUAGCGUGCGAUGUUUGUUUGUGUCCAUACACGGUUCAUGGACAUUGUGGAAUUUUAAAUGACGACGGAAGCAUAAAUAACAAAGCUAGUAUUACACGAAUUGCAGAAGUUGCUCUUGCAUAUGCAAAAGCUGGAGCACAAGUUGUAGCCCCGUCCGAUAUGAUGGAUGGAAGAAUAGGUGCAAUAAAACAAAAAUUAGCAACAGCCGGGUUAGCAAACAAAGUUGCAGUUUUAUCAUAUGCUGUGAAAUUUGCAUCGGGAUUCUAUGGUCCUUUUAGAGACGCUUCACAGUCAGCACCAAAGUUUGGAGAUAGAAAAUGUUAUCAAUUGCCACCAGGAAGUAAUGGAUUGGCUGCCAGAGCUGCUGCUAGAGAUGUUUCUGAAGGAGCCGAUAUGCUUAUAGUAAAACCAGGUCUAGCUUAUUUAGAUGUUGUUAGGCACACGAAAGAUGCACAUCCAGAAUACCCGAUGUUUGUGUAUCAAGUUUCGGGAGAAUAUGCUAUGCUUUACCACGGUGCUAAAAACGGUGCAAUCAAUUUAGAGAAUGUGUUAAACGAAGUUCUCUUAUCUAUGAGAAGAGCAGGAGCUGAUUGUAUCAUAACAUAUUUUACACCAUUAAUUUUAGAUAUGUUGCAACUCAAGAGUAAAUACUGAAAAUAUUUAUAUACUUGGCAUGUAUAUGGUUAUAACAAUGUUAUUUGAUAUUUUAAAUAAA